GGCAUGCUGCUCCUGAGAAGAACUGGGCUCCUCCCGCUCUGCCUAGGCGCGCUUUUCCUCUCCGCCGGGCUAGCUUGCGGGCCGGGCCGGGGUUUCGGCAAGAGGAGACACCCGAAGAAACUGACCCCUUUAGCCUACAAGCAGUUCAUCCCCAACGUGGCCGAGAAGACGCUGGGCGCCAGCGGCAGAUACGAGGGCAAGAUCACUCGGAACUCGGAGCGCUUUAAAGAGCUGACCCCCAAUUAUAAUCCGGACAUUAUUUUUAAGGACGAGGAGAACACGGGAGCCGACCGGCUGAUGACCCAGCGCUGCAAGGACAAGCUGAACGCUUUGGCCAUCUCGGUCAUGAACCAGUGGCCGGGCGUCAAGCUACGCGUCACGGAGGGCUGGGACGAGGACGGCCACCACUCUGAGGAGUCGCUGCACUACGAGGGCCGCGCAGUGGACAUCACCACCUCGGAUCGGGACCGCAGCAAGUACGGCAUGCUGGCUCGCCUGGCCGUCGAGGCCGGCUUCGACUGGGUCUACUACGAGUCCAAGGCGCACAUCCACUGCUCUGUCAAAGCCGAAAACUCGGUGGCUGCCAAAUCGGGUGGCUGCUUCCCUGGAUCCGCCUGGGUGAACCUGGAAGGUGGAGGCACAAAGCUGGUGAAAGACCUUCAUCCAGGGGACCGAGUGCUGGCAGCAGAUGUGCAUGGGCAGCUGUUCUACAGCGAAUUCCUAGCCUUCCUGGACCGAGAGGAACCUCCUGUCCACAAACUCUUCUACGUGAUUGAGACGCAAACACCCCAGGCCCGUCUCUUGCUCACCGCUGCCCACCUGCUAUUUGUGGCCCCACCACACAAUCAUUCCCAUUCCCAACCCCAGCCUAUCUUUGCCAGCCGUGUACAACCUGGACAACAUGUCUACGUGCUGGCCCAAGGGGGUCAGACGCUGUUACCAGCGGCAGUGCAUAGCGUGUCCCUGAAGGAGGAGGCCUCGGGGGCUUAUGCCCCACUCACCGCUCAGGGCACCAUUCUCAUCAACCAGGUGCUGGCUUCCUGUUAUGCUGUCAUUGAGGAGCACAGCUGGGCUCACUGGGCGUUUGCACCUUUCCGCAUUGCCCACGCAGCCUUGGCAGUGCUGAAUCUUGAGGGCCUCUCCUCCCCUCUCCUUUUUCCAGCUGCUGUACCCGAAGAGGGUGCCUCAUUGGCUGGAGUCCACUGGUACUCCCGCCUUCUCUACUACAUUGGCCGCUGGAUUUUGGGUUCUGAGAUGAUGCACCCAUUGGGCAUGGCCAGCUGA